AACAAAGUCUGUUAUUCAAACACUUCUUAAAUAUAUUGAUAACUGAAAUAGGUCUAUAAUUGAACAUAUUGUCUUAACUCCCAGAUUUAAAUAUUGGUGUCACUAUGCCUUCUUUAAAUUGGCGAGGAAUUACUGAGAAUUUGAAAAAGAGGUUGAUAAUAUUACAAACUAUUUAUUGUAACUCUAUGUUAUCCAUUUGUCUAAAGAAUUAUUUGUUUAAUGGGCGUGCCUGAUUACUGUUUGAGUCCAAUGCAUACUCGGUUUUCUGCUUAUUACAUGUAAGCUCCCACCGAUCAUAAUACUCAAAUAUCUUUCCAUUGGCCACUUUGCUCUCAUGAUGACUGUGAUUUGCUAUUUGGAGUCACUUAGCGCCCACGAAUCAUCUUCAUUUGUCCUGG